AUGGUCGAGGAGGCGGAUAAUACCGAUCCACGUGAGAAAAUGCCGCCCCGUCCAAGAGGUCAACGAACUGAAGCGCCACAACAGGGCUUUCCUGGAUUUCAAUGGGGCGAUGGUGGACCAGGUGGUGGUGUACAGUUUUCUCUAGGAAUUGGCGUUUUUCCCUUGUCUUUCUUCACAACAUGGUUCAAUGCGCCACAAGAUCCACGUCCAGCUGCACCUCAACAAGGUUCUCGUCAAUAUCAGGAAGAGCAGUUUCUUUCCAAUGUGUUCCUUUACCUUGGUGUUUUCUUCGUUUUAUGGCUUGUAUUCGUUUGA